AUGGGGGUGGGCAAUACUAUUAGGGUUUGUUUCCGCGGGUUAGGGUCGGAGAGGGUGAAGGAGAUAAGAAAGCAACUUGGGAAUGGGGACGCAGUGUCACAAAUUUUUAUUUGCUCAUUCCUUGGCCUUUAUAGGCGCUGCUGUUUUACUUCCUUUUCCGUGUCUGUGUCUGUGUGUGUUUCUUCGCGUGUCUACGUGCGUGUGUAUGUGUGUCUGUGUGCGUGCUUUUGGAUCGGCAACUGGCAUUCUCUCCAGAAAGCCACACCUCUUUUUCCUUUUUGUACUGAUGAUAUGUAA